GGAAGCCGUGUUGUUGUUAGCGGAAGUCAGCCUGCUAGCUUCAGGAGAGCAGUUGGUGGUGAAUCUGUCCUUUCUGUAAGUAACCUCAGAGACUCAGUCUAACACACCGGAGCCCAUGGACCCGCGGAUUAGAGCACUGAACCUGCGGUGUGUCCGUCGGUAGUGUAACUCCCGGUGGUGCCGAGCGAGGAGGCGCCGGGGCCCGGAACCAGAACCAGAACCGGGACCAGGACCAGGCCCCGGACUAACGGACACAACCGGCGCUGUUGCCAACGACAACGGCGGACUGACCGUUGGAGUGAGUGGAGGAACUGGCAUGUUAAGAGACGUGUAAUGCGCGUGACUUGCUGUCUCCGUAGCUAGACAGCAGGUUCGUAGAUGAAUCCCCGGUUCUUGUGCUCUAGUCCCCGGUAUUUACGGUGUAUCAGAUCCGGUGUAGCAGCAUGAUGGGACAGCGUGAGUUCAGCCUGAAGCGAGCUAGCUCAAACAGCUAACACCGGACAUCAACUCCUAACUCCGUCUAAAAGAUAAAGUAUGAGCGCUACCGCUGAGUGUAUGUGACUGAAGCUGUCUUAUAUCCUCUAACAUUAGUCAGUUCGCUUGUUAGCCCUUCUAGAUGUCUCUGUCUCGAGUAUAGUGGGUGUAGCUGAGUCGUUAGCUUGCUAUAGUUAGCCUCCUCCGCCCAGAUGAAGGAGUACAAAGUGGUGGUGCUGGGCAGCGGCGGCGUCGGUAAAUCCGCGCUCACCGUCCAGUUCGUCACCGGCACCUUCAUCGAGAAGUACGACCCGACUAUAGAGGACUUCUACCGCAAGGAGAUCGAGGUGGACUCGUCUCCCUCCGUGCUGGAGAUCCUGGACACGGCGGGCACCGAGCAGUUCGCCUCCAUGAGAGACCUGUACAUCAAGAACGGCCAGGGCUUCAUCCUGGUGUACAGUCUGGUCAACCAGCAGAGCUUCCAGGACAUCAGACCAAUGCGAGACCAAAUAGUGCGGGUGAAGCGCUUCGAGAAGGUGCCGUUGAUCCUGGUCGGGAACAAAGUCGACCUGGAAUCUGAGCGCGAAGUGGCCGGGGCGGAUGGACGAGCUCUGGCUCAAGAGUGGGGCUGCCCUUUUAUUGAAACUUCUGCCAAGAGCAAGACUAUGGUGGACGAGCUGUUCGCAGAGAUCGUCCGACAGAUGAAUUAUUCCACACUGCCGGAGAAGCAGGAACAGUGCUGCACAGCCUGUGUGGUGCAGUGAGGAAGAGAUGCAUCAUUUGUCUGGAUCACCACAAUGAUUUUGAUGAACCAUGAACCUGGGGACAAACUUACCGCAGCUGGUAAAGUUUCUGUUCAGUGUGGUUUCUGGCUGUCUAUCACAGAGCAUCUGACAGGAAAGACGUCGGUCCUAUUUUUGAUAUCAUAACUGUUAGAAGACGUUUCUGCUGCAACCUUAACGGCCUUUGCGACGACCCAGGAUGGAGUCAAACAGACAGACGGACUUGUAAUGAGCGAGAACGGCCAUCUGUGAAUUUCAGUCUUUUUCUUUUCUCUCCUUUUAGUCGGAAUUAUCCCUGAAAUAAUAAGCAGGAGUGUUUGUGAGGUUGCAGCUUCUUUUCAAAGCUGCUUUAAUCACUAUUAUAUACUUUAUUAUUACUUGUAUUAUGUCUCAAGUUUGGAAUUUGACAAAGUAUUUCAUAAUAUUAAAACAUUUUGACUUUUAAGCAUGCAUACUUCGACCAGUUUGCUGCCCAGGUAUGCUGCUCGCUUUUAUUUUGAAAAUCUUGUCUAAAAUAGUUCUUUUAACUGACACAAACUACAGCAGCGUGUACAAUGAGUAUUUUUAGCUUCAGGAAACUUAGACAGGAUGUAUGACUUUGUGGAUUGAACCUGUAACAUGAAGAAUUUACCUUUUUAAUAUCGCAGUAGCCUGAAGCAGCUAAACUCAUCUGAAAUCAUGCAUGCUCAAAAUUGAGAAUGUUCUACUAAAUCAACUUGAAGUGAUAAGGAAGAACCAUUUUACUGUUUUUAGCCUGUCAGAGUCUCUUCAAGGCAUGAAUCGCGUGGACGCAGGUCUUCCAUUCUCAGUUUUCUCGAGGAGUCUCUGUGGGAGAAUGAUUUUGGAACGACCAAAGGAAGCUCACAGUGCAUAUUUGUGUUUGACUACAUGACGUGUGUUGCUUUUAAAUUCAGGAGACGCUGAUUUCUUGUCAUCAAAUAACUCCCGCUGCAAUGUGGUUUGAUAAAAGUUCUGGCACAGUUUAAUCAGAUUUAACUUUGUAUUUUUCUUUUUCUUAUAGUAACCUAUUUAUUAAAGACUAACGACAUGGGUAGCCAGUUUUAAACUUUUGAUUUUAUACUAGUUUUUGCUUUUUUGUGACUUUUCAGGAUACAUGGUACAUUGUUUUGUUUUUGAAGCUGAGGAUUUAACAGAGCCUUAAAUAAUUUCUGUUGCACCCUGGUCUCAUGUUUCUUUUUCUUUUUUUUCUUCUCAAAGAUAUAAAAAGCUGUCGUCAUUUGGUAAUAAACAUACUGGCCUUUCUGCUUUUGUCA